AAGGAAUGGAACCCAAAACCAUCGGCAUCUCUCCAUCUUUGCGGAUCAAAAACCCAGCCGUUCUGCUGAUUCCAUCUCCUACCCGCCGAUCUCUCUGGGUACGGUACGCCGAAUCAUUCAUUUUCUCUCUCAAUUCAGUUCGUCGUUUCAAUUUCUUCUCUCUUUCACCCUCUCCACCUGAUCCAUUUUCCCUCAUUCACUGAAUUCCAGAUGCUCCACUUUUUCCAAUCUCCGAAUCGAGCAGCAGAACGUCAGUAGACUUCACACUGCAAUCGUGGUUGUUUUGGCCGCGAAAGAUGUUGAGAUUCCACGUGGAAGGGAAGGUGGUCGAGAGAGUUGACUUGUUGAGGAAGAAACAUUGGGCAUGGCGGUUGGAUCUGUGGCCAUUCGCUAUUCUCUAUGCAGCUUGGCUUGCGGUGGUUGUUCCGAGCAUAGACUUUGGGGAUGCUUUGAUUGUUUUGGGUGGACUUGCGGCUCUUCACGUUCUGGUCUUGCUUUUCACUGCUUGGUCGGUUGAUUUCAAAUGCUUUGUCCAGUACAGUCAGGUUAAUGAUAUUUAUCAUGCUGAUACAUGCAAAAUAGUUCCAGCAAAAUUUUCGGGCUCUAAAGAAAUGGUUAUGCUUCAUUUUCGUAAGCUUCUGGCAGGUUCUGCAUCUGCAGUGGAUAUUGAGGAGAUCUACUUUGAUUUUAGAAAACAGCGGUUUAUUUAUUCAAAGGAGAAGGAGACUUUCUGCAAGCUUCCUUACCCAACUAAAGAGACUUUUGGUUAUUAUCUAAAGAGUACCGGCUAUGGCUCCGAGCCUAAAGUUGUAGCUGCUAUUGAAAAAUGGGGACGCAAUAUAUUCGAGUAUCCACAACCAACGUUCCAGAAAUUAAUGAAAGAGCAGUGUAUGGAACCAUUUUUUGUAUUUCAGGUCUUUUGUGUGGGAUUAUGGUGUUUGGAUGAGUAUUGGUAUUACAGCCUGUUUACUCUGUUCAUGCUGUUUAUGUUCGAGUCAACAAUGGCAAAAAGCCGGUUAAAGACCCUGAGUGAGUUGAGACGUGUAAGAGUGGAUACUCAGACCUUAAUGGUGCAUCGGUGUGGAAAGUGGGUUAAGUUGCCUGGGACUGAGCUUUUGCCUGGAGAUGUUGUCUCUGUUGGGCGUGAUUCUGGUCAUAGUGGUGAAGAUAAAUCUGUACCUGCUGAUAUGCUUAUAUUGGCUGGAAGUGCUAUUGUUAAUGAAGCCAUUCUUACUGGGGAGUCCACACCACAAUGGAAGGUUUCAAUAACUGGGAGGGGAGUUGAGGAGAAGUUAUCAUCUAAGAGAGACAAAAGUCACAUGUUAUUCGGUGGGACCAAAAUAUUGCAGCAUACUCCAGAUAAGACCUUUCCCCUUAGAACCCCUGAUGGAGGCUGCUUAGCAGUCGUUCUGAGAACUGGAUUUGAAACAAGUCAAGGGAAACUAAUGCGCACGAUUUUGUUUUCUACAGAGAGGGUUACAGCUAACAGUUGGGAAAGUGGCCUAUUUAUUAUGUUCUUGGUUGUAUUUGCAGUUAUAGCUGCGGGUUACGUACUUGUAAAGGGGUUGGAAGAUCCCACGAGAAGCAAGUACAAGCUCUUUCUCAGUUGCUCACUUAUAAUCACUUCUGUUAUUCCUCCCGAACUACCAAUGGAACUGUCAAUAGCUGUUAAUACAUCAUUAAUUGCUCUAGCACGUCGUGGAAUAUUUUGUACAGAGCCUUUUCGAAUACCAUUUGCUGGAAAGGUUGAUAUUUGUUGUUUCGAUAAAACUGGAACACUGACAUCAGAUGACAUGGAGUUUCGAGGAGUAGUUGGGUUAAGUGAUAAGGAGGAUUUGGAAUCUGACAUGACUAGAGUGUCUUUGCGCACAGUUGAAAUUCUGGCUUCUUGCCAUGCAUUGGUGUUUGUGGACAACAAGUUGGUGGGAGAUCCUCUUGAAAAGGCUGCACUCAAGGGAGUGGAUUGGACUUACAAAGCUGAUGAGAAAGCUAUUCCCAGAAAGGGAAGCGGGCAUGCUGUCCAGAUUGUUCAGAGACACCACUUUGCUUCACAUUUGAAAAGAAUGGCAGUCAUUGUGCGCCUUCAAGAGGAAUUUUUUGCAUUUGUGAAGGGUGCCCCUGAAACUAUCCAGGAGAGGCUCACUGAUGUACCUACAUUUUAUGUUGAGACAUAUAAGAAAUAUACACGACAAGGUUCCCGUGUCCUUGCUCUUGCUUUCAAGUCACUUCCAGAUAUGACAGUGUUUAAUUGUCCAAUUAGACCAGAUUCAGCUACAAUAUUAUCUGAGCUUAAAGGAUCAUCCCAUGACUUGGUAAUGAUUACUGGUGACCAAGCUUUAACAGCAUGCCACGUAGCUAGCCAAGUUCACAUUACCUCAAAGCAGAUUUUAAUUCUCAGUCCAAAGAAGGGAACUGAGGAAUAUGAGUGGCUCUCCCCAGAUGAGUUACAGACAGUUCCCUACAGAGAGAAAGAGGUGGGAAAUUUAUCGGAGACAUAUGAUCUGUGUAUUGGAGGAGACUGCAUCGGAAUGCUUCAACGCACCUCCACUGUGCUGGAUGUUAUUCCAUACGUUAAGGUUUUUGCAAGAGUUGCUCCAGAGCAAAAGGAACUCAUAUUGACCACUUUCAAAACAGUUGGAAGAAUGACCUUGAUGUGUGGGGAUGGAACCAACGAUGUUGGAGCUUUGAAGCAGGCCCAUGUAGGAAUUGCUCUCCUAAACGCAGCCCCUCCUCCUCAAAGUGGUAACUCUUCUUCAGAGGCAUCAAAGGAUGAGGCUGCACGGUCUGCAAAGUCAAAGAAAUCAAAGGUUUCAUCAGAAUCGUCAGGAAAAGCACUUGUAAGUGGAGAAGGUUCUUCGAAAAGCAAAGUUGGUGCAAAAAUGGAUUCUGCUGCUGAGCAAGCUAAUAACCGUCAUAGGACACCUGCAGAGAUGCAAAGGCAGAAGCUAAAGAAACUGAUGGAUGAGUUAAAUGAAGAAGGCGAUGGGCGCUCUGCCCCUAUUGUCAAGCUUGGGGAUGCAUCCAUGGCAUCACCAUUCACAGCAAAACAUGCAUCUGUUGCUCCUACUACCGACAUUAUUCGCCAAGGUCGAAGUACUCUAGUGACAACUCUUCAGAUGUUUAAAAUACUCGGUCUCAACUGCCUCGCUACUGCCUAUGUACUGAGUGUUAUGUAUUUGGAUGGUGUAAAGCUUGGUGAUGUUCAGGCGACUAUCAGUGGAGUAUUCACAGCAGCCUUUUUUCUCUUCAUCUCACAUGCGCGUCCCCUUCCGACGCUUUCAGCUGAACGGCCCCAUCCUAACGUCUUCUGCUCCUAUGUUCUUAUUUCUCUGCUAGGCCAAUUUGCAAUCCACUUAUUUUUCUUGAUUUCUUCAGUGAAAGAAGCCGAAAAACACAUGCCUGAUGAAUGCAUAGAGCCAGACUCAGAUUUUCAUCCCAACUUAGUAAACACGGUUUCAUACAUGGUAAGCAUGAUGCUUCAGGUGGCUACCUUUGCUGUAAACUACAUGGGUCAUCCCUUCAACCAGAGUGUAUCCGAAAACAAACCAUUUUUAUAUGCCCUCUUGGCUUCAGUCGGUUUCUUCACCGUUAUUACCUCCGAUUUGUUUAGAGAUCUGAAUGACUGGCUGAAGUUGGUUCCGUUGCCAGCGGGAUUGCGGGAUAAGCUUCUGGUUUGGGCACUUCUUAUGUUCUUGUGCUGUUACUCUUGGGAAAGACUGUUGAGAUGGGCAUUCCCAGGUAAAAUCCCAGCAUGGCGGAAGCGCCAACGGCUUGUAGCGGCUAGUCUGGAGAAGAAGAAACAGCUUUGAGUGAAAUUUUGGGUUGGCAAUGGCGGCGGAAUGAGCAGCUGAUAAACAAUGGGGUUGAGCCAAAGUGUUGUAGGAAUAGAAGGAUAUGAUGAUUCAAUAUAUUUGCCACUCAGGCGUAUUAAGUGGUGGAAUUUUGUCAAAAUUACUUAUAAAAUUUAGGAUUAGACUUGCUGUUUAUGGGUAAUCUUAGACCGACGACACAAUUGAUUGGAUGCAAUUUUUCAAAAAAGAUGUAAAUCACUCACUUACCAUUGUUGCUUUAUCCUAAUUUAAUGAAAUGCUCUUACAGAGUCUGCUACUUCAUUAUGAAGUGCAUUGUUUUCUUUUGA